AUGAUUAAAAUGGCUGAGCUGGCCACCGAUGCGCAUCCAUUGCAAGAGGUGGUCACCGUUCGACCGAUUUUACCGAAAACAGCUCGGCAGCCAUCACCCCGUCCAUCGUCCCGUGACUCGAUGUUGACUCCGAUUGGCUCACCAAAAGAUGUUGAACGGAAGCUGACACCAAUGACUAUCUCUCCGCUCGUCUCACUAAACGGCUUGAAUGAGGAAAAGCCACUUGGUGACACUCCCCCAUUGCCCGCUUCGAUGAACCCACCCGGUGCCGAUGAUAUCAUCAAUUGCCCGUUUAAAGACUUUGGCUGUACUUGCCGCGGAAGAACGCUCGAUAUAAAGAAACACAUUCGAGAUGAUAAAUUCGAUCACUUGGCCCAAUUGUGCGAUAAAACGAUCUCAUUUCGAGCGAAAGCGAUGGAAAGUAUGACGAACUCCACGGGGAAUAUCGAUCUUGCCGCGCGUCUCUCCAUCAAAUCUCAGGCGAUCGUCAUGAAAUUUAGCAGUCAACUUGUUUGGCGAAUCGACAACUACCGCAAGCAUUUUGAAACUGCGAAAAAGGGUCGAAUCCCUGUCAUCUACAGUCCUCCAUUUCACUCACACCGUCACGGUUACAAGAUGUGCGCUGUGUUGGCACCUUUUGGAGAGGGAAAGGCUGUCCGCGAGUACGCCUCAAUCUUCGUCUCAAUCCUGAAAGACGAGUAUGACGGGAUUCUCCCGUGGCCUUUCCAAUGCCCAAUCACGAUCACGUGGAUCAAUCAAGACGAAACACAUCAAAACAAAAUCGAAACUCUCAUCCCAAAAGCUGUUCCCGAAAAUGAACCCUUUCUCGGGCGUCCACCAACCGAGAGAAAUCCGGCUUUUGGGAUUCAGCGUUUCAUCCGUGUCGCCGAGUUGACAAAGGGUAAAUUCAUCGUCAAUGACACGGCCUUCAUUCGAGUCGAUGUUGAUGUAAGGGAUGUGCCGACUCUU